AUGGCUGGUCAAGGACAAGAUGCCCCGUCAAUUUUAAUGACGAUCAGCUCUUCUGCUGAUGUCAGUUGGCUUGAAGAAGAGCUUAGUGGCGCCUUUAGCUCCACAGAUCUUGGCUACAUCGGCUCGUGUCGAGUUCUCCGCUCGGAGACCUGCCGAGUAUUUCCCCUCUUAAACGCAUUGCCGUCCCCGGAUUCGAGGGAAAGAGGAUAA